AUCAUGUCUGGCAGAGGCAAGGGCGGGAAGGGACUCGGCAAAGGGGGCGCCAAGCGCCACCGCAAGGUGCUGCGCGACAACAUCCAGGGCAUCACCAAGCCGGCCAUCCGCCGCCUGGCUCGGCGUGGCGGCGUGAAGCGCAUCUCGGGGCUCAUCUACGAGGAGACGCGCGGCGUGCUGAAGGUCUUCCUGGAGAACGUGAUUCGUGACGCCGUCACCUACACCGAGCACGCCAAGAGGAAGACGGUGACUGCCAUGGACGUGGUCUACGCCCUUAAGCGCCAGGGACGCACUCUCUACGGCUUCGGUGGUUAAAUUCGAUUUUCAGGGUACUUAAUUCUUUUAAAACAAAACGGCUCUUUUCAGAGCCACCCACGUUGUCUAAAGAAGAGCCUUGAUC